AUGACUUCAAAAUCAAAAGAAAAGCCAGUAGGCAUGGCUGAUUUGCUACAUUGUAUGAUCUGCUUCGUAAGACCUGCUGGUCGGAAUAAGUUUUUUAUAAGCAGUUGUGGCCACGUAUUCUGUGAGAAAUGCACAGACGAUGAUAUCCUCCUCCCUUGGUCUACAUGUAAGAAAUGUCACAAUCCUGAAGCUCGCCUGUUAGAAAUUAAUUCUUCACUGCCACCUGAGGUUCGAGAUCUCUUUCUGCCAUUGGAAGAAACGUUGGAAUCCUUUUUGAAAGAUUUGAACAGAACUUUGAAAUUCCAAGAAAAUCAUAGAAAUCGGAUGAUGAAACAUCUCGCAGGGAAAGGCGACCAAGUUGAGAAACUACAAAAAUAUUGUAAAACCGAAGUGAAAAAACAAGAGGCGUACCGACAAGAGGUGGCGAAGUUAGAAGAGUUCAAGAGGAAGGCUGUAAAUGAAAUUCGUAGAUUAAAUCACAAGAACAAAGCGAAGAAGAUCCCUGAUCCUAACACUACUAUUUUAGCUUCCAAUCUCCAACCUCCUGUAUCUCGCAGGAAGCCCAGCUUUGUUACUUCCACUCCUCUUAUUAGUAAUCAUUCUUCCACUGCAAUGGAUGAUUUGCAAUUUGAUCUUGAUAUUAGACUUCCGAUGUGCGACGGAGAUGAUGGUGAUGAUGACGAUAAUGAGAUUAACAAUAUGAUUUCUGCAACAUCCAACUGCAGAGUGACUCCCAGGGAACCUCCACCUCUUGUCAGAAAGUACACUUUGAAUCCACAAGCUUGUAAGAAACGCGCAGUGAGACCGGAGCAGUUCGUAGAGCCUCAGCGGUUUCCUUCCUCAGCGUACAGAACACCAACUACCAAGAAAACAAGGAUGGACGUGGGUGCGUUUGCACAACCAUUCAGACUUCCCAAGAGGUUAUAA